UUGUCUAGGACAGUAGGAGUAGUAGGACAUAUGAUUUGAGAUUUUAUGUCACUAUAAAUUUUUACAAAAUUUUAAUCUUGAAACUUUUAUCAAAAAAUUUCUGUACACUUGCUCCAAGAGUCAUAACUUAAUACAGAAUUUAACAUGUUGUCAUUUAAUUUAUUACAAAAAUUGAAUGCCAGUGGAUCGGCUAGUCGAUUCGUUCGUCGCAACAUAUCGGCUACAUCAGUGUUGAUGGCUAACGUUUCAGAUCCCAUCCAACAAUUGUUUUUGGAUAAAAUUCGCGAGUACAAAGGCAAAUUUGAUUCCAAGACUUUUGACCCUUCAAUCGAUAAAGGUUACAAGGCUGAUUUAGAAAAGAUAGGCAGACAAUACAACAUUGGACCAAAUGAAGAUCCUACCAAAUUCCCAGCAAUUAAAUUUGAUGAACCCAAAGUCGAUCCACAAGUUUAAAUAUAAUACAUUUUGUGUGUUUUUAUACUUAUACAAGUAGUGAUGUAAUUAUGCAGGAAUAGGAGGAUUAAGAGAUGAUAAAGUAAUUAAUAAACAUUGAUUUAUAAAGUUCA